UACUGGCUGUGCAAGUCUAGCCCUGCAGAGCGAAAGUAGUCGUGGUGGCCCUCGCCUGUGGCUCGGGUUCUGCUUGUGCUCGACCUCGCGGCUAUGGCAGGACCUCAGGAGUUUCUGAGUGGGAAGCUCCGGCUCUGCUUCACCCCAGCUGCCCGGACCAGCCUCCUGCUGCUCAGGCUCAACGAACCGGCGUUGCGGGCACUGCAAGAGUGUCAGCGUCAACAGGUUCGGCCAGUAAUCGCUUUCCAAGGCAACCGAGGGUAUCUGAGGCUCCCAGGCCCUGGCUGCUCCUGCCUCUUCUCCUUCGUAGUGUCCCAGUGUGGCCAGGAGGGCCCUGGUGGUGGUGGCUUGGACCUUGUGUGCCAACGCUUAGGCAGAUCUGGACCUAACCGCCUCCACUGCCUGGGCCCACUCAGGGAACGCCUCACUAUUUGGGCAGCCAUGGAUUCUACCCCAGCCCCAUCUUCAGUUCAGGGACACAGCCUGACUGAAGAUGCCGGAGAUCCUGAGAAUUGGCAGAACAUGGGAGACUAUUCUGGAAAUGCAGCCUCACGGUCACUGAUGGCACUAGAAGAGGUGCCAGAUCCACUGGCAAGUAGCCAAGAACAGGCACUCCCAGGAUCCUCGAGGGAACACAUGGCACAGUGGGAAGUGAGGAACCAGACCUGUCUUCCAAACAGAGGACCUGAUCAGGCACUGCCUUCCUCUGCUAGCCAGAAACACCUGGACAAAAAGCGUCCAGCGCCUGCAGCUACUAUAGAAUUGAAAGGAAAGAGGCUCAGGACUCUGCCUGUAGCUUCAAGUCCCUUACAAGGGCUGCCCAGUCAGGACCUACAAGAGGGAGACUGGGAGCCAGAAGAUAAACAUGAAGACAUGGGUCCCAGGCUUGAGCACAGUCCCUCAGUUCAAGCAGACUCUGAAUCCCCAAGCCCUGAAGAGGUACCAGAUUACUUCCUGCAAUAUGGGGCCAUCCACAGUGCAGAACAGCAACAUGCUUAUGAGAAGGAUUUUGAGACAGAUUAUGUUGAAUACCGAAUCCUGCAUGCUCGAGUCGGGGCUGCAAGCCAAAGGUUCACAGAGCUGGGAGCAGAAAUCAAGAGAGUUCAGCGAGGAACUCCAGAACACAAGGUGCUGGAAGAAAAGAUAGUCCAGGAAUAUAAAAAGUUCAGGAAGCGGUACCCUGGUUACAGGGAAGAAAAGCGUCGCUGUGAGUACCUGCAUCAGAAAUUGUCCCACAUUAAAGGUCUCAUCCUGGAGUUUGAGGAAAAGAACAGGUGCAGCUGAAGCAGUACCCAGUGAGAUAUGAAGGAAAAAGCAGCUAAAAACUAAAGAAUAGUGCAACUGCUCAUUACUGCUGAGUCCAUGGUGCAAGUAGGAAAGCUGCUCUAGGUUAAGGUUUUAUUUUCAUUAUUGCCAUAUUUUAAACUUUAGAGUGUGGGCACAGCACCAGCACUCUGUAACUAUGCCCAGAAAACUAGGAAAAGCAGCAGAGGCUUGGCUUCUUCACCUGUAGUUCAGCCAAGUCAUUUUCAAACCCUGAGAAAGGACACCAUUCCCAGGACAAGAUACCUCAAGGACAUUAGAAUUCAGCCUGGUACCCUCCCUGACAAAAGAGCACCUUUUACGAACUUGUAAUACACCUAGAUCUAAUGGGAAGGGCUUGGGGUUGUACCCAUGUACUGAAAGUGAAUUAUUUUACAAACAUGGCUAAAAAAUUAAAACUGUUUGUGUCCUUUGUACAAAUCUAUAUGUUUUCUUUACAUCUUCCAAGGCAGUAGUUAGUACAUUUGGCUGUCUGAACCAUUUCUGGACUCUCUAAAAAUUAGAUCUUCAGAUCCCAGCUCAAGUCUUGUGAAUUAGAAUCUCUAAAAUUAUGGUUAGGCUUCUUUACUUCAAAGCACUAUGGGUGAUCCUGUUACACAUUUUGCUAUAAGGCUCUAUUUACCAAAUCCAUUUUAUAAUUGACAUCUAGAAAUGACAGCAGGAAUAAAGUUCUCCUUUUCUAAACAUUGAGGUUGAAGAUCACAAUCAGGACUCCUAUCUGGAAAUAUGCAGUGACUGAAAACUAUAACCAUGGAUAUGAUUUGGAUUUACUCAUAAAAAGAGGGGAAACGGUUCACUUCAUUCUUCUUUAUCACAGAAGAAAGUGGAUGCUUCACUCACAACCAGGAAUGAUACUGCUUUUCCCCAUCCACUGGAAAGUUAAUAGGCCACACCCUGGGCUUUGGGGGAGAAAGGGAGCUGCACCCAGCAGUGUAUGUAAUUCCUGAAACAACUUGGAUGGAAUCCCAACCUGAUGCCAUAACCCACACAGGGCAUUUCUGCACAGACAACAGACCUUGGGAGGUAUAAACAUGCUCAGCUGCAUGACCAGGAUAUACAACUAUCCAUUCUUGAGGCACAGACAG